UGCUAUCUGCCUUUCCCUGUGCCUUCUGGUCCCCUCGGUGCUGGGCAAUGUCCUGGCCGGGCCGUAUCAGGUAUGAGACUACCUUCCCCUGGGAGCAAUCACCUCUGGGAAAACAUGGCCGCAGCUAAUGUUGUUUUCACAGAGUCUCUUGUAUUGGUACGCUUACCGCAUCGACAUUAUGGCCAAUGACCCUGCGACAAGGGUGAUUGCAGUUGGCUGUGACGGCACGGGCCCCGGAAAUACAUGCUACUUCGAUGAGUUCCUCAGGUACAUUCAAAAGACAGGCAAGAAAACCAAAGCAUGGACGGGAUCCACCACUGUCGGAGAAGACUUGACUCCGAACGUGCUGGCCACAGCUGAAGAGCUGGCCACGGGUGGAGUGGCCAAAACUCCGUCGCGAUACAGUAACACCGCCGAUGUGACCAAGCUGUGCAAAGCACUCAAGAAUAAAGGGCCAGUGAACUACGACACACUGAUGACAACAGUUGUGGAUAGCAUCCAAAGUUCCCGCGCCAAAGUCGCCUCAAGCACCGAGGUCAACAUUGACACAGAGCUUAAUGGUGCUCGCGAGGCAUUAACCAUAACUCAUAAAGCACGUGUGGCCGACAACGCGGCAGCUAUAAUCAAGGGUGCCAAUCAAAUUCUCAAGGGGCGUGGCAUAAAAUGGGUGCGCAAGACAGAUGGUCCGACCAAUGCAUUGAUCACUUGCUAACUGGAAUUUGAGCCAGACUGUUACACCGAAAAUACACCCAGCUUCGGCAGGGACCCCAUUCGAGUGGGAGGAAAUUGACACAGAGGCGACAGUGAAAGCCCAUGAAGACGCGACGCCGAAAGUCAUCAACGCUAUCGAGACAUAUAUCAAAACAUAUGGGACUAAAGGUGGCAAUGACGCAAGUCAUUUAACCGCUGCUGACGUGGCUCAAAAGGGUGAGAGUCGUCUCAACGGUGAUCCGAAAUGCUGAUCAUACUAUGUCCUCAACAGCACACCCCAGUGGGCGCUUCUAGAGCAAAUAGUCCGAACAAGCUGGAAGAGGUGUUGAUGGAAUGACAGGGGGCGAGGAUAUAAGGAUUGUAUCAUAUGGUGGUGUUGAUUCAAG